UUAAAGGACUAGUAAAGCUAAAGCUGAUAAUAUGUCUAUUAUAUCGGCCACUAGCCGCAUACACUGAUGGGAAUAGUUGUUCUAGUAUAUACCAGAGCAUUGGAUAAAAUACCGGAGAAAAACUGACUCAAAGUCCUAAUAAAAUCGCAUUUUAAAAAACUGCCAAACCGAAAUUUGUGUUAGAAGGGAUAGCUGCUUCGUGGACUGCUAAAAUUUCUUCUUUUUUACUAUUUUGUGGGAGCUCCGCUUUCAGGCUUUGGUAAAUCCAUAUAUCAUGAAUGAAUAAUUCUGUAGCCAGAUUCUCUUGCGAUAUUUCGGGCGAUUAAACUAUUAUAGUGCGUUAUCUAUUUGCACGCGGAUUAGAAUGAGAUGGGUGUUGCUUUUGUUUCACUUCUGUUUGAACAGUAUGCUAGAUGAUUAUUAAUUUUUCCUCCUUAUAAUUGCCGGAACCCUCUUUUUCUGUCGUAGCGACAGUCUAUUUAUUUUACCGUCAAUCUUUAAAAACUGAACUCAGAAAGGCAUUUAAAGCACAAAAGCAAAAACAUCAUGCCGAGCGCAACGGCCAUUGUCUUCACGGUUGUCUUUACGGUCGAGACACUCGUCAUCAUCAUAGCAAACACGUUAACGAUUUUUGUGUUUUGGACUCACAGAUUCCAUCUAAAGCAAAGCUAUCUUCUUCUUAUAAACCUCGCAGUUGUUGAUUUACUUGUCGGAGUCACAGAGUCAAAGGUCCUCGGCUCUGAGAAGAUCCCAAAUUUAAUUACAAAAGCUGAGCGAAAAGAAAACAGUGGCGCGAAUCCUACGGGAGCAUUUCAAGUUCUGGGCUUUACCACGUCGGUGUUCUUCCUCGCCUUAAUCGCGCUAGAAAGAGUUUUCGCCGUGUUAUGGCCGCUCCGUCAUCGUGUAACAAGCACACGCGCUUAUGUUUACAGCAUCGUCCUAGUUUGGGCAGCUGGUUUCUCCAUGGCCGCGAUGUCGACUUUGCUACCGACAUACCACCCAGAGGUGAGCAAGGUGUCUGAUGUAAUUGUUCAUUCGAGCCUUUUGAUAUCUUUGUUGGUUAUUUGUGCGAGCUACUUUACGAUCCGUAAUCGGUUGCAUUCUAAAACACUGGGAAUUGAGGUCCACUUGCAAAACGCGAGGGAACAAAACUUACGGCUUUCAAGGACACUCUUUAUAGUAGUUGCUGUGUCACUUGUGGUUUGGUUGCCAGCUUUUGUAGUGUUCAGCAUAACAGCGUUCUGUCGUCGAUGCUUUCCACCGCGUUUGGUGUGGUCUGCGAAUGUUCUUCACUUGGCCAAUUCUAUGGUGAAUCCAUUCGUAUACAGCUUUAGGAUGCCAAUAUUUAAAGUUGCCUUGAAAAAGCUCAAAAGGAAGCGUCGAAAAACCAUUGAGUUACGCAUUCUUCCUGAAAAUCAAGAAACGCAACUUUGACGUAUUACCAAAGUAACUGUACCAACUACAAUGCAUAGGCCAGCUUAAGGUCAUAGUGUUCUCCUAAUUUGAACGCUACGUUUUGAUACUGAAUUCUGUAGAGGACAUGAUUGGUGCACAAUAUCAUUCUCUACAAAAUAUCAUAUUAUUUGCAGAAGAAAUUUUCUAGAUAGGCAUUUGGCGAUAAAAACAAAAUCAAUUGGAAUUAGUCUACAUGUGUUUAGGUGAAUUUAAAACAUGGAAAUUUCAAAAGCCAUGAAAUAUGUUUAAACUAAGCAUCACAUGAUAAAACGAGAGAAAUUAGAAAUGUACAAACGCCUCAUAUAAGACAAUAGGAAUGUAUUAGAAAAGAGGUAGCUAACCAAUAAAAUAUGACGAAGUAUUAAAAUACCUUUCUUAAACAAAUAAAAUUGCGCGGAUUGAGUCAGACUGUUUGUUUAAUGUUGACUUUAUGUCUUUUAUAAGAAAGCGUCUGGAAAAUUAGUCAGCCAGGUUUCUACUUUAUCAUUUUCAUUAGAUCUUGAAUGUUAGCUUAAUGCCUCUUGGUUCUUUUCCAUGUUGCGCUCUGAUGUGACUCCCGAACGUAGAUCCUUUUUUUUUUCGUCGAUGGGUUCACGAAGAUGUCGUCAUGUAAAUUAACGCGACAUAAUCUGGAUCGCACAGAUUACACUUGAAAUGAUCCACAAAGAAUGGCUGAUUCACAACUGGCGAUUUUUCUUCGUUUAGGUUGAUCUCAGGUCUGACGAGACGAAUAUUGGUUUACACCAGCUUGUUUGCACCAACUUUUUGUCAAACCUUUCACUAAGUCUUCUCGCAUCUUUGAUAACCUUUAUACGUUUUUCAAAUAGUUAUCUUCUUCAGUUUUGCUCCUUUAAAAAAUUGGUUCAUUGCAAAAUGGUUAAAAUGUUGACUUUGAAAGCGAAGACUGGGGCAGAAAUUAGCUAACCUAAGGCGUAGAACUUGAAAUCCGUGCGUUGGGGUUUUAAGUCACUCUCUGAGAUUUGCUACUUCCCAAAAAUACCAAGCUUCUAACCUGCCUCCAUUGCUCGAAAAGUUGCAUUUAGGGUCAAAAAAGUCCAAAAUUUCAAAGGCUUGCGGUUUUGCAAUUAGCGUAUCAAGUUAUUAUU